CCGCGGACUGGCCGUGAGGUGACCGGGCCGGGCGGGCGGCGGGGCGCGGAGCGGCCUCCUGAGCGGCGUCGCCCGCCGGCGCCGCGGGGACAAGAUGGUGAAGGAGACGGAGUACUACGACAUCCUGGGGGUGAAGCCGAGCGCCCCGCCUGAGGAGAUCAAGAAGGCCUACCGGAAGCUGGCGCUCAAGUACCACCCGGACAAGAACCCGGACGAGGGCGAGAAGUUUAAGCUCAUAUCCCAGGCAUAUGAAGUGCUUUCAGAUCCAAAGAAAAGGGAGAUUUAUGACCAGGGCGGCGAGCAGGCCAUCAAGGAGGGAGGCUUGGGCAGCCCCAACUUCUCCUCCCCCAUGGACAUCUUCGACAUGUUCUUCGGUGGCGGAGGGCGGAUGGCUAGAGAGAGAAGAGGCAAGAAUGUUGUACAUCAGUUGUCUGUAACUCUUGAAGAUUUAUAUAAUGGAGUCACAAAGAAAUUGGCCCUGCAGAAAAAUAUAAUUUGUGAGAAAUGUGAAGGCGUCGGCGGGAAGAAGGGCUCCGUGGAGAAGUGCCCGCUAUGCAAGGGCCGAGGGAUGCAGGUGCACAUCCAGCAGAUCGGGCCGGGCAUGGUGCAGCAGAUCCAGACCAUGUGCAUUGAGUGCAAGGGCCAGGGCGAGCGCAUCAACCCCAAGGACCGCUGCGAGAGCUGCGAGGGUGCCAAGGUGGUCCGGGAGAAGAAGAUUAUCGAGGUGCACGUUGACAAAGGUAUGAAAGACGGGCAGAAGAUAGUAUUCCACGGAGAAGGCGACCAGGAGCCCGAGCUGGAGCCUGGGGACGUCAUCAUCGUGCUGGACCAGAAGGAUCACAGUGUCUUCCAGAGGCGAGGCCAUGACUUGAUCAUGAAAAUGAAGAUCCAGCUUUCCGAAGCCCUUUGUGGCUUCAAGAAGACCAUACAGACACUGGACGAACGAGUCCUCGUCAUCACGUCCAAAUCAGGCGAGGUGGUCAAGCACGGGGACCUGAAAUGCGUGCGGAACGAGGGAAUGCCCAUCUACAAAGCGCCCCUGGAGAAGGGCAUUCUGAUCAUCCAGUUCCUGGUAAUCUUCCCCGAAAAACACUGGCUUCCUCCAGACAGGCUUUCUCAGCUAGAAGCUUUGCUGCCUCCCCGGCAGAAAGUGAGGGUCACAGACGACAUGGACCAAGUGGAGCUGCAGGAGUUUGACCCCAACGACCAGAGCUGGCGCCAGCACCGGGAGGCCUACGAGGAGGACGACGACGGGCCGAGGGCCGGGGUGCAGUGCCAGACAGCCUGACGGCCCUGCCGCAGGAGCACCCAGUGAGCAUCAGGUUGGCACCCUGAAAACGGCAUCGCUCCAACUGCCCGGUCAGGGUGUCCUGUGUAUGUGUUCAGCAUUCUCAAUGGCUGAGUGUCUUUCGGGUUUUCUUUUGGUUGUAACCUGUUAUAACUUAAUUAUAUUUAAACGUUUUAAGUGUAAACCAC